AUGUGCAUCACUGCGGCUUGCCCCAACCCCAUCUCCCCCGACGUCUGGUGGUGCGAUGACGCGUGCUGGCGCCGCUACCCGCCUCAUCUUGAAGUUGCUAUCCGCCAUGCGCUCUCCUCCUCCGGCCUUACCGCGAUGACUAGUACUCUCUCCUUUGACCUGGGGACUUUUGCGUCGCCCGCGCACCCAAACGGCGCGCGCUACACCUUGGAUCUGCGUGCAAUGAAGCAGAGGAAUGCGGAGAGCGAGUACGCGCGGGAGAUCAGAGUGGUGGAGUGUGGUGGCGGUAGUCGCCACUCGCACCCUUGGGAGGAGCCGACCACAAAGCUGCAAGGGACGAUGGUGGCAAUGCUAAAGGCACUGGGGCUGAAGGGAGAGACGCUGCAUGGCAUGAGCGCGCUGCAGGGGCUGUGUGUUGACAAGGAGGACCUGCGCCUGUGGCUCAAGUCACAAGUUGCUUCCGUGUUCCUGGCAUGA